CAUGGAUUUACAAUGACCUGCCACCCACGCAUGUUGUAGGGCACCUGCCCCUCGUGUAUAUAUACUGGUGGGGGACCCUCGGACAGCAUCAUACACGACGACGUCGUUACACCCCUCCAGAAGCAGAACACCAUGAAGUUGUAUAACAGUAUCCUGAUUGGCGCAACUCUGCUUGUGUUUGGCCAAUCAGCACAAGCGUUUCUGGGGAGUAUGUGGCAGGACCUCGGACGGGAGUUUACAAACAUGGGAAAGAACAUGGCCAAAGAUCUGCUUAAUGUUGGUCUGAAAGCUGUCAAUGAGACCAUGAACAUUGGCUGCAGGACUGCGUGUCCCCGACUCUGUGAAGACAAGGUCGGCAUGUACUUCUGUCCCUUCGUAUGUGUGCCACUUUGCAACAGAGGAAAGCGUUCUAUUAGAAAGGGCAGUGACUACAGCGGACAUCUCAUGCCAAUGCCUAACAAGUUCUCAGCCUAUGACCUCAACGACGAUGGGGUGGUCAGUGUCAAGGAAUUCGCCUUUGUUACCGGACAUACGAUGGACCAGAAUGACCUCAAGACGGUCUUCGGACUUGCCGACAUAAAUGGAGAUAAUGUCCUCACAUCUGGCGAACUAUAUGGAGGACCGUUUGUGUUCGAGAUGGAUCUCAACGAUAACGAUUACCAGUACUGCCAGUACAUAGUAAACAGGAGGUCCAAGAGCGCACAGCAGCCAAAUACCCAGUCUGUCAAAACGAAGGGUAUUACCCUGAAGAAGGAUAUUACCAAUAAGCUGUGAUUCCAAAAUCCAGGAUAUGUUCGUCACCACUCGCGUGUUUCCGUCAUCUGUACCGGAAAGAGACGAGUGGUCAAGGAUGAUGCAAGUUGUGUCGGUUGGAUAUAUUAUUCCAUCCAAAAACAGUAGGAGAUAUUGGAAUUUUAAGAUUGAUAAAAUGCAAAUGAUGAAGCCAAGCAGGAAACAUAUGAUGAAGAGAAAUUAAGGGAAAAUGUGACAAUUUAUUCCACUCCUUUGGAAAUGUUUCAUCUGUAUGGAUAUAUAUUACUUUUCUCAUAUGCAUUGGCAUUGGCAUUCGUGGUAUGCUCGCAAAAUGGAAUAUCCCCUACUUUUUUUAAUGGUAUAUAAGUCUUACGCAAUGCUGUCAUUGUGUUGUGUAACCUUUUUUCGUUUAUAUUGCCAACCACAAAGCAAGAAAGAAAGAUUUCACCAAUUUAAACUUUUUCUUCUGUUGAAUCCAUUAGAAACGUUUUUUUAAUUACUUGGCUCGCAGAUUCUCAAAAAGUCCUUGGUCAAAUUAAAAUUUCUGUGUUUUUUAAAAGAAACUCAACUGUAUCUUUCAAAUUGUGUUUGGCUGGGCGUGAUAAAGAAACUGUGGAUUAGAAACAGAAUUGAAAAUAUUUUUUUAUGAUAUGUCAAAGGAUUAAUUUACUCUUUUCCACUGCUGGCUUACUUUGAAGUUUAUUCUUCUGAACGGAAUCGGAUGGAAGGAAAAAAGAACGGUUCUGAAAUUAAGAAUCUGUUAAUAAAGUAAUUGAUAAAAAACGCCAGGAUGCAUUUUUCGACAGUGAAUUUCGAAGGCAAGGUCGAGUGCAGUUAUUUUGCUGGACUUACUUUGCCAAUUUUUUUAUGCACCUGUUAUUUACUCGGAAAGACUUUCUUCGUUAAAGAACAUGUCAAGGUCAGAUAUGGAAUAUACAUGUACAUAUUUGUCUAUCAUCUGGUUUUGUGAAUUUUAUAAUAAACACACUUUUGAAUGA